AUUCAUCCCACAACAACACACCGCAGAGGGCCAAUGGGGAGAUACAUGAAUCAGUAUGACAAAGAGUACUUGAAGAUGGCCAUCAUGAAGCAGGAAGCCACCUUCAGACAACAGGUGCAUGAACUCCACCAUUUGUACCAUGUUCAGCAGCUGCUGAUGAGGGAGAUGAACAACACCAACAAGACGGAUGCACAUAACCGGACACCUGAUCUGAAGCUGCCGGCAGGGGAAUUCAGUGGGAAGAAAGAUAGAAACGUGAGUACGACGGUGGAGGCUUACCGAGAGAGCGACUUGGAGCUGACGCUUGCAACUGGAAGCAGCGCCCGAGGAAAAAGGAAAGAGACAUCAUCGACUUCAGAUUCUGGAUCAAGCUUUUCUUCAUCCUCGACGCAGUCUGGUGGUACCAAACGAAGCAGCAACGGAUCUGGGCAGUGUCCGGUCCGGGAUAUGAGAUUCCAACAUGGGAUCGAGGAACGAAUGAGGGAGGAUGGGAUAAAGCAGCCUCCUUGGUUCUCUCGAUGCUUGAGCCUCAACAUGGCAUGACUGCCUCUGUGAAUUGUAAUGAGAUGUAAUUGUAGUUAUCGGAAGACAACCAAUUUAGAUGAGCAGAGAACUCGUAUAAGAAGGAAAGGCAAACAACCUUGCGCAGCUUAAACUAACACAUACUUGAAGCAAGUUGGUACUUUUUGGUAGUCAUUGACAUUGUUGUCUA